AUGACCCCGCUGUAUAAGGCGAUCGGUGAUCCGGGAAGCUUCUGCCCCUCUUCUCCCUGCACGGCCCCGGGGCGCCGGGUCCACGUGCUGGCCUCUCGCUGGCUCCGGACCAGACGCCUAGUCGCCCCCAGCUCCCCGGACUCCGGCUGCUACGACCGCAAGGAGCUGCGGAAGCGACUCAACCUGGAGGAGUGGAUCCUGGAGCAGCUCACGCGCCUCUACGACUGUCAGGAAGAGGAGAUCCCCGAGCUGGAGAUUGACGUCGAUGAGCUGCUAGAUAUGGAGAGUGACGACACCCGCGCAGCCAGGGUCAAGGAGCUGCUGGUUGACUGUUACAAACCCACUGAGGCCUUCAUCUCUGGCCUGCUGGACAAGAUCCGGGGCAUGCAGAAGCUGAGCACCCCCCAGAAGAAGUGAGGGUCCCGGAUCCAAGUGAACGGUGGCUCCCACAGGACAAUCGCUGCCCCCCGACCUCGUAGCAACAGCAAUACCCGGGGGGCCCUGCGGCUGGGCCUGGUGCCGUGAGCAGGGCUCCCCGCACCCCUGGCCCAGGGGCCUCUUCCCUUGCCCCCGCGUUUUCCAUUUUUGGGGUUUUUUAUUGUUAUUAAACGGACGGGACUUUUUGUGUUUUUAUACUGACUCUGCGGCGCGGGCCACUGAAUAAAGCUAGGCUAUGCCUUUGGUGCA